AUGCGAGCGAUAGCUCUGGCGAGCUCGUGUGUGUGGAUAGCGCUGGGUGGCCGACGGCCGAGUGAAGGGGUCUCUGCUGUACGUCGGAAAUCUACUGCUGCCGCGACGUCGACGUCAUUGUUAGGAUCAAGAGGAUUAACUCCUUGCGUAUGUAACUACGACGAUGGCGACGACGACUUCGAAGGUCUUAAAUGGGGAUUUUAUUUUCUCGACCUGUACUGUACGCGUAUCUAUCCGGUCGGAUCUAAAAACAACACGUAUGAUAUAGACGAGGCGGUGUUCGACAUCCACGUGAGAAAGGUCGUGGUCGUUUUCACGGCCGGGUGA